AUGCUUGUUACCAGGUGUGAGAGAACUGUAUCGCAUAUUCUUUCAAAUAAUGGCAGUCGUUCGCUAGGCGCAAUGGCGGCCUUGAAUUCCUCAGCUUUUCGUCAUGCCGCCGUCGGUCCUUGGAGAACAAGACCGUUGCCAUGGGCUAUGGUGGGGAACAGAUUCAGGUACAUGUCUACUGAUCUGAAGCCUGAAGAGCAUAGCGGAUCAGAGAUAAAGCAGCCAAAACCUAUUUUUGAUCCCGAGACGCUUUAUAUCGUUUCCAUCCCAAUCACAACCCACAGGUCUUACAUAUUUUGCAACCACAAACUGUCUUUCCUAGACAAGGGCCAGAAGGUGCCAUUAUAUGUGAGAGCCGAGGCGAAAAUCAUAGCCUUGGCUCGCAAGGGUUGGGAUAAGCUCCGAAGUUCCGAGAUUACUAUCAACAAGAAAGUUGUGGUGUUUGCCAAUAAGCUCCUCGAUACCAUCCCAUAUGACGAGAGUUGCCUUCAAUCUUUCCCUGCAAAGAAAGUCAUGGUUAGAGAGAUCAACGAGGAACACCUUCAAGAGGUACCCAAAACGUUAGUCACGGGAAAGAUGAAGGAGAAGAAAGUUUCUGUGGAUCAAUUGAAACCCAUCCCAGUGUAUCACCCCAGGUUCCAAGAGGCACUGGCUAUUCUCUCGCAGAUGCAUCAUUUCAGAGAUCAAUUUGGUACUUAUCAUCGCAAGUGGGCCAUUUGGUGUGGAAUUGGUGUCCCAAUCACCCUUCCCCUUGCGCUUAUCCCAGUAAUGCCGAAUGUGCCGGGUUUCUAUUUGGCAUAUAGGUUCUACUGCCACAUCAAAGCACUCAUGGGUGUCAACAACAUGGGCUACUUGUUGGAGACCACUGGAGAUCCAGAUGCCGACCCAACGCCUGACGACACCACUCAUUUGACAUUCCAGGCCUGCUCUAAACUAGACGUUCCAUACUUGGCAGAUGCGACCUUUGCAAAAGUCAAAGCAGAGGAUAAUAAUGAGAAUGAACUGGUUCUUGUGACCCACGACACAAUUGAUAGAAUCGUGGAUCACAGCGGCCUUGAACAAUUAAGAGACGACCUUCACAAGGCAUUGAAGCAAGAGCUGGCCCGCUUAAAGAAGCAGUUGGCUGAGGAGAGUGUACAGUAA